AUGCACCUGUGAAGUGGGGCACCCCCCUCCAAGGAAGGGAAACUUCUGGUGACCGAUCCCAGGGAGGUGGACAGACAGCUGAAGCGGAGACAGAAGAACCGGGUGGCGGCCCAGCGGAGCCGGCAGAAGCAUACGGAUAAGGCGGAUGAGCUGCACCAGGAACACGAGUGGCUGGAGAGAGACAACCAAGCCCUCCGGAAGGAGAUUUGGUCACUGCAGGCAGAGGUGAAGCUCUGGCUCCGGGCCUUGGAGGAGCAUCAGCGGGUCUGCCUGCUGGCUGUGGUUCCUGCCUCUACCCAGACUCCUCCUGACUGCUGGAGCCAGACUGAGCCAGCUCCCCAGACUCCCCCAGCCCAACCGCAUGCCCCUCUUAUGGUGUAGACCUUUCCCACACCUCUGCAGGCCCCUGCCUCCCCUUCUGCUCAGCCUCCUCCUCCACCUUCUCCAGUGCAGGCCCCGGAUCCUCCCUGCCUGUCCUCAGCUCUCCUCUCCUCCCCUCUGACACCUUUCUUGAUCACCUCACCUCCAGCAGGGUCUCCCUCUGGGUCUGCCUUGACCUUGACUAGAAGUCUCCUGGCCUCUUCCUCUUGUCUCAGCCCUCACCUCCCAGCUCCCCCACAGCAGGCUGCUUGUUUGCUGCCCCUUGGGGCCAGAAACCUCAGAGAAGGCAAGACAGAACAUGUGUUGGAUGGUCCUUCAGCCACUCCUCAUCCAGAAGGGAGUGGGCAGGGCUGGGCCUGGGUCCUGUCCUCCAUCCAUUUUUAACCCAACCUCUGUUCUCUUUCCCUGACAAGUCACACUAAGGCUCUGACUUUGGCCUCUGAGGCUGCGUCAUCCCAGCCCCAGCUCUCACUAGCCACUUUCCUUCCCCUGUUCCGGUUCCUUCAUCAGCAGAACCUUGAACCAGAGAGGGACAAAGUUGCCCGAGCCUGAGGAAGGCCAGUGUCGUCAGUUCCCUCUCUGGGGGCUUGGCCAGCCCACCCUGGGACAGAAGACAAGGGAAACCUGGCUCUUCUGCAUGGGAUAUCCCCUCCUUGGCUCUGGGACCAGAAUGCCUGUGGCCUUGGGGCUCCAGCGGACCUUGCUGCCUGUGGGCCUGGCAGCAUUUAGGGGUGGGCUGGGGAGGUCCAAGGAUGUUUGUCAGAUGUUUAUCCCACCAUACUUCUGGCUUCAAAGGCCUAGGAGAACCUGCUAGUGGCAGGAUGGGCCUCCAACAUGCAUUUGACUGAUGGCUGCCCACAUCCAGCCAGCUCCCUAGAGGCGAGGGCUUGUUUCAGAGUCUGCUAAUGGACACUCUCAGCCCCGCUGGCCAUCUACCAAAGCAUCCUAGCUUUUCCUGACCCUCACUGUGUCACUGCAGGAAAGCCUUCCUCUUCUGGGCCUCAGUUUCUCCAAGUGUAGUUUGGCCCAGCAGCCAUCUAUGGGCCAUCCUGGGAUUCUCUGAAUCUCCUCACUGCCCCUGACUUUGCCCUCUGAUGCCCGACAAGGAGGAAGCACAUUGGGAAGUGGUGCUGUUGGGAGGCCAGGGAGCUGGCUGGAUAUGGAGGAGGGAGGUGCUGUUGGAGGCACUCUCCGGAGGCCCAGAGUCUCUUCCCUCUGUCUCUCAGUCCUGCUUUUCUGCUUUCUAGUCAGUCAACAAGCACCUACUGUGCGCCAAGUACAGUGCUAAGUGCAGGGCAUACCAAGAAAGGAGAAAACAGUCCCUGCCCCCAGGGAGCUUCUAGUCUAAGGGGGAGAACACAAACAACUCUGUACCAACAAGAUAUUUAGAGAUCAGACUGGAGAUAAUCAGCCCAGCAAGGGCAUUAGAAUUAAGAGGGCUUGGGAAAGGCUUUGGUAGAAGGUGGGGUUUUAGCUGGGCUUUCCAGGGAGCCAGAGAGGUCAGUGGUUGGAGCAGAGGAGGGAUGGUGUUCCAGGAGUGGGGGCAGCUAGAGGAAAGUUCAGAACUGAGAGAUGGAGGAAUAGCUGGGAGACCGGGGUCAGUGGACCCAAGAGUCCAUAUUGGGGAGUGAGGGCUAAGAAGGCUGGAAAGGUGAGGAAAGGCUUUGAAUGCCAAGCAGAGGGCUUUGUGUUACAUUCUGGAGCCCUAGGGAGCCACUGCAGAGUUGGAGAUCAGACCAGAGCUUUAGGAAGCUCUAUUUGACGGCCAAGUGGAAGACAGAUAGACUAGAGGCAGGCGGACCCACCCUAGUGAAGUAAAACUGGCUCACUGGGCCUGCUGGGGGGUGGGAGAGUGUCGAGUUGGGGAUGAGUGCUGGGCUGGGAGCCCCUGCGGGACCGGAGGGUGAGGGUGCCCUGGAUGGUCAUAGAGAAGUUCCUAAGAGGCGUUGGAGGGGAGAGAGCAUGGCUUCCAUCUUGGACAUUGUCUGCAAGGCUUUCAGCUCAGGGUGUCCAAUGGGCAGCUGGAGAUGCCCAACUGGAGGCCGUCACGACUGGGUUCAUGGGAGCUGAUGUGACCACCCAGCGAAAAGGUGCAGAGGGAGAAGAGAAGAGGACCCAAGACUCAGUCAGCGCAUCCCCCAAAUCCUCUUCCCUCCAGAUGCUCCAGGGCUCUCCUGAGAAGGGAAUGGCUGGUAGCGAGGGCUCCCUGCCUCCUCCUGGAGCCCACCUGGGCUAACAGGGAGAAGAAGUGGAGGAGAAGAAGACAAGUGGGCUCUGCUCCCAGCAAGAGUGUGUGCAGAGAGCCUGGCCCUCCUGCCUUAGGAGGCAAGCCUCAGGAACCAUUUCUUUCCAUCACAGUACUGCCCAGGUCUGCCUCCUGAAACUGGAGAGCUGAAGAGUGCCCCCCACCCCAGGCCACUGAGGCCAAGAGUGGCUGCCAAGCUGGGCCGGACCUUAGAAAUCAGAGUCCAAACCUAACUCUGGACAUUGCCCUGAGGCCCCGAGAGGAGCAGAACUGGAAUCUGAACCUAGGGCCUCAGGCAGGGCUCUUUCUGCUAUGGGGUACAGAGGGAGAGUUUGUGCCAGAGAGCCACAGCAAACACCCACUGCCUCAGUUUCCCUAGUUGUUCCCACCAUCUGGUUAUAGUCUAAGG